AUGGAUCGUGUCCAUCUCUGAGACGCCAUUGCCUGCCUAAAUCGGAUUCUAAGAUGAAGGACCUGAAAGCAGGCCGACAUUGCCCGAGGUGUAGGGACAAGAAAGCAAACUGAAUAUUUGAUGCGGCAUUGAUCCGACGGGAGCGCAGGGAACAGGCGCCAAAGAACGCACUCUCCGUAGAAGGUACGCGACGCCGGGCGCGAUUACCAUACUUACCUAACCAGCAAAGGGUUUAGAUAGCCAGGUCGUUAUGACUUUUGUGUGUGCGCAAGGCGUCCUGAGAUACGGACACAUGAAAGGCCCUUCAGAAGAGGACAUCAAUCCGUGGGUGCAGGCAUGCGGCAGGAGCUUGCCUGGCACUUUGUUUGAGCAGCGCGGCGCCUGAUCAUGCUGCUUUCUGCGCCCAUUUUCUCCUCAUUACCAGUCCAAGCUCGAGUCGAGCGGAUUGUGAUUGCUCCACGGGGAUGUGCUUUGUGUGAGGUUCGCUGUCGGGUGUUAGACGCAGUGCCAGCUGCUUUUCCGCGUUAAAGAACUCAUCUCUGCACCAAACGGAGAGUUGUUGCGGAGAAUUUCUGCUGGGAAUAAUCGAUGGAGAGCAGCUUUGCAAGGCUGAGCUGCAGUGUGAUUUUUACAUUUCGGGUGGUCACAUUCCAUUGAUCGGACCUGAGAUAGGAUGAUCGGAGGUCGUGGUUACAACACCGAGCUCCUCCUUCACGUCCACGCCUCCGCCCCGACACAUGCUGCGGACCGGCACACAGCAGUCUCGGAGGGUCUCGUAGGGGAUCGGCUUGCAGUUUGGUGUCCACGCUCCACCAAUCUUUGAAUCUCUCACGAUGGAGGAUUCAACAGUACAGGAGACCAUUAACGACACAACCUUAACUCCACCUGCACUCUCGGCGUCAUCAGUAGCGGAAGGAAACAUGGCCGGCAGCAAAGCGUUCAUCAGUAUACUCCUAUUUGCCUUUAUCGGGGUAUUGAGCUGUCUGUUGAGCAAAAGCGUCAACCGGUACUUCAACAAGCGGAAAAACCUCAUGCACCAGUUAGAGGUGGAGAUCUCUGCAGUAAGACAAGAGUACGACUACGAUGGGCCGACAGCCAGACGACUACAAAGGAGAGUCUCCAUGAUAGACAAGCGAUGUAGAGAGGAGAGACUCAUGUCGGACGGAGUUAUGUCUACCAUCAGUGUGCCUUCCGACUUAAAAUACCACGUGGAUAACGAGACCGGGAGUAGUGUAGAUUUGCCCCAUCCAGGAAGACGGCCUAGCGUUCCGGUUGGGAUAUAUCCCAGCCUUCCACCAAAUGCUGCGAGAGAAUGCCGUGCUGAGAUUCAUGGUGAAACACUUGUGCUUGAGAAACAUUCCGAAGGAGGCGCUGCUAUUCAAGACGGCAUAGCUGGAUCGGGCAAUGCCGUUGUUGGUUGGAGGCUAGCCAGCGAAGAAUCUCCGGAUGUGUCCGAGACAUAUACCAAGCUGUGGACCCCGCUGUACCCGUUAGCCUUCGCGUUCCGAGAGUACGCGUGGAGAGACGCUGUCACCGACAUGGGGGACGACGUCCAUGGCGACGAAAAGGACCACGAAAGCAGUGAGGAAGAGUUGAGUGUGUUGGGGGGAGGGACAGACGACACACUGGAGACCUCUGAGGAUAGAACACAGCAUGAAAAACAGGGUCAGGAAGCUGUGGGAAAUGGACUCGAACAUCCUGACGUAAGGGAUAAGUCUAUGGUAGACAAGCGGCAGUACAGCGACACACCGUUUUUUCGCCCUAUCCAGGUAGAGGACGCGUCCAUGUCGUCGGAUUUAGAUUACUACUCGUGUAUGGACUCCGACGAUUCCCUUCAAGUUGUCCGAAGACCUUCUACAGUUCACGUCCAAGUUUUGGAACGUCCAAGCGCGAUAACUAUAUCAAAAAGUGAGGACAUCCUGUCUGAAAAUUCACCUCCGCUUGACGAGGAACAUAACGGAGGUUCGAUCUAUAGGAGCCAAGGUGCGUCCCUCGGUCAAUCCGGGAGCAGUUCCGAGCUGCGGACACCCAGUCGGCAAUCCUCAGACGGUACAAGAAGAAGCCCGUUAGUUCGCCAGAUGGCUAUUUCAAAGCCAAGUUUUGAUGAUGAAGAAGACACGAUCAAAACAUCUCCACCAAUCAAAAAGCCACCACAUCAAUAUGAGUCAGACGAGAGCACAGAUUUAGAGUCGAGGCAAAAUAUAUUUAUUCACCCUGCACUUGUACAUACAUCACCGGAUGACAAUAGCACUUCACAUAAAGAGACAACUGAUGUAGAGACAAAGAAGUCAUUGGCUAAGAGGCAGACCCUAACACUACCAAUACAUUCCUAUGCAACUGAUUCUACCAAUGACAAGCGUCAUUCAAAGGACCUGAGUCCCUCAGAUGCCAGUGACAUUGCCUUCACUACACCUUCGUCCGAAUCAAUGUAUUCAACUUGGCCGACAAGGAAAAGCAGCACGGACUUAUCGAGGCAAAAGAGCGGCUCAAACGUAUCUUAUCAGGAUAUUGACAACUAUUCCAGCAUUGUCAGUACCGACGAUAACUCCCCUACUAACUAUGCUCUGCAACGUUUCUCAUUAUCUGAACGACUUCAAGUGGAACAACGCAAUGUUCGACCAACUGAUGCUUCAGAUUCCAAUUCUGAUACUUGCGUGCUGAACAUCGUUUGCCGACCAGGUAGAAAGGUUGCUGACCUAACUCCGGACUCGCCCACUAUGACGUAUCCUUGGGCUGAUGAUAAGACCGACCCUAUUUACAAACUCCGUGUUAACGAGGCAAAAGAUAAUGAGAAUUGUACAGGUGGUCCUAAAAUGGGAAUAACUGCUUCAGAGCUGAGAGCGAAACAGGAGCCAUCGGUCAGGCCCGAGGCUAAUGAACUGGUGAUUUCUUCAGAUGGGGAAUGUAGACGGACCUGCGAUAAUCAUCAACAGAGCAGUUUGGCCCUUGAGUCGGAUCAAAGGGUGAUUACAUCAGAGCCAGCAGCUAUCACUCAUGGGCAAGAAAUCAGCACUAAGGUCCAAGGAACCAAAGCGUCGUCUGAUGAUAGCAGUUCGCGGACGUCCGUCUCAAGUACUUACGAUACGUUUAGCUUGGAAAGAACGGGAGGCAUGUAUAGUCGUAGGUUUAGCACGGGAAAACAAGGGGUAACAAUGAUUGGAAAUGAGGGGAUCCCGACGCGUACUCAUCUAGAAAAACACAGAAACAGUGAGUCCUUUUUGCAUAGUCAACAUCUUUCCAUGGCCUCAUUACCCAAGACUACAGACAAGUAUAGUCAAGAUUAUAGACAAUCCGGGCAACGGUUACAGGAUGGUGGGGGGUCUGAUAGUAUACUAAAACAAAACGUGCCCAUAAAGAGAAGAGAGGAGUCUCCCGAUGGCAUUAAUCUUAUGAAGGGUCGCGAAAUUUGUGAUAAAGAUGGUCCAAUUCUUCCCGAGUCUUUUACACGACCAUCAAGAGGCUCGCUUUGCAGUGUGGAAAGAGCCGUGCACCAACAAGAAGGACGGCACAGAGGGGUUGUCGGGUGCAAAGACGAUAUCGUGCCCGGGCAGCAGAUGGAUAGAUCAUCGUUAGGCGUUACUGGUGAGCUUUCCCCAACAAGUACAAGUCUAGACAACUGCAAAGGUUCGCAAAAAGAACGGGCACAAGAACACAAAUCCAAUGAACGUUACCAUGGACGCUAUAGAUCGUGUGUCCUAGAUUCUGGAUGUUGUACCACGAGUGAACAGGACAGCCAGGAUUUCGAACCAUACACAACUGUCAGUGAACGUUCAGGACGCCCACGAAGUCGCGCUAGUAUCGAUAAACGAGACAGUGGCUACCAAGAAACAAGUACUGCAGAUUCUAGUUUUCAGGUGACGUCAAGUACUGCAUCAUCGAAUUCAAAUGAACCUCAGGUAGCUCACGUCAGACCGUUAGUACAUGGUCAAGGUAACGGUCUGAAGCGUGGUGAAGAGAAGAGUCUCUCACGAAACAACGGUAACGUGAAGCACGACCCAGAACACCGAACGUUACCCUGCACUGUGAUCGACGACGUUGCGGAACUUAGUGAUUCAGAAACGGAGACUUCAAGUGCAUCAUCUCGAAAACGACAGAGCAUUUCCGAAACAGACGUAUGACCAAAUAAGAUCGCAACUCUUGCUAUAUCUAUAUAUCAUACUUCUGUCAUUUCUUUGUUCAUUUAUUCUUACUUAGACUGUGUGCGUAAAGCAAUUCGCAGUGGACCAAUUCUCAUCAAGAAGGCCGUUCAAUUUGGAGAACGGCAAUAAUGCUGAUCUCAAUACGUGCGAAGAUGCAUGCACCAUGUGUUACACAUUGCCGUCACUAGUCACCAAUGACUUUGUAUAUUGAGAUGGACGUUGAUUACCUAUUGCAGAAAAGGUCAAAGUGGCACUAACCCAUAACUUGUGAAGCUAAGCGCAAUUACUGAGUGCUACUAGACCGUAUAAUUUGUUUUCAUACCUAGACACGUUAAAUCACUAUGCACACUCUACGGAUACCCACCACAGCGAAAAAUUCUAAUGGAGUACGUACUAGUAUUACGUCUGUAAAUUCAAGUGUGCUUUGUGAAGUAAGGCACUAUAUACAUAUAUAUAGAUAUACAUAAUAUUCAUUUGUAACUACAAAUGUACGUGAAAGGACGGGAAGAAGAUAUUCUUCGACUUUUUUUCUGCAGCUGACUCAGUGACUUUGUCUCUCAUUUUGGCCCCACAGGUCAAGUCGGUAUGUAAAUAUAUGUGCUUCAUAAGAAGAAGAAGAGUGAUUUGGGC